CUUAUCCAUCAUUCGUGUGGGGUGGACAAUUUUGUCACUCCGUUAUUCUUUCCACUGUGGAAGUCCUUGAACAACGUUUUACAAUUGUAUUUUAUCAUCGAAGGGUUGGGUGAUGCCUUUUCCGUCAAACAGGUGUGAACAAGAAACUAGUAUUUUAGGCGAGAAAUGAGUGAUAAAUACAGUUCGAAGACUCAUCUCAUUUUCUCAAUAUUCUUGGAAUUGUUGGCAAAGAUCCCCUUUUCUGUAAAUAAGGAUGGAGCUUUUUCUGCCUUGUUCAACAAGACUGGGUGUGAAGCAACCACACCGACGAAGCUGGGAAUCUCCUAGUUUGUUGGUCCUGGAUUACACAAAUAUGAGCUCAUUGGUUUAGCAUGGGGGAGUUUUCGUUAGUCGGAGGAAUUGAUGCUGAGCGUCACUCUCACCGAGAAGAACUUGCAUUAUUGAAAGUAGGAUUCAUUCCGCACUGUCUGAGAUCACAACGCGCAUGUUUAAUGGUUGUAGCUUCUGACACCUAGGUGUCGUUUCCACAAACUGGUAGCCUCGUUUUUCGUCAGUGUAGACCUUCAACAGAUGUAGUACGGUGAUACAAUUGCAGUCACACGAUUCUAGUUUCUGACUUCCGCACUCGAAAUUCAUUUUGCACCGGAUUCCAAAAAGAAGCAGUGUGCAAUUGAGGCAAGGAUUGUGGCAGUGCGCUAGCAAGGGUGUAAGUCGGGAUGCUUUAGGAAAUUGUACAAAAGUGGCAAUUCUAAGGUGUAAACAACAGAUAUCUCUCAGACCACUACAGCAUCUGUACUAGAACUAGUCUUCCUUGGAACAACUUGGGAGCGCCAUGAGUGGACAUUGGGUCACUCUGCUCAUGGUCUGCAUCAUGUUCCUGGAGUGUUCACUUUUAGUGGCCGCAGAUGAAGGGAGUGAUCUUUUGGAUGCGACAGAAAUCGAUGUUGCGAGGAUAGCUGAUCAGGGAAUUAUAAACUUCACUCAGCAGUGUUCAUUGCUCGCAACUUGUGAUGCACCUUCAAAUUGUUCGCACGAUGCUUGUUUGCUGCAAUUCAGCGAAAGAGAAGGGGAUUUCCACUGUAUGGCUGUCAACAACAAUAAGCAUUGCCACCUUCAAGGAUCGACCAACGACACCUGCCACAGAAUGAACCUUGAUUACAGUGGGGGCUAUGUCAGACUGGGACAAAAUACGGAUAUAAAGAGCAUCGACACAAUGCUGGCUAUUUGCAGUCAAAGAAUGCUCGACCCUUUGUUCAAGAAUUUGUCCAAACCCAAUGUUCUCUCUCGGGCAUUCUUUGCUCCACUGGAUGGUAGCUGGCGCAUAUUUCCAGGAUCGCCGCAGAAUGCCAACGACUGCAGAUUAUUUGAUCCUCGUGUCCGGCCAUGGUUAAGGACAUCAACGUCGGUAACAAAGGUCGUUGUGGUGUUAAUCGACGUCGGUCCAACCAUGCUCAACAUUCUCCCUCCAGACAUCGGAAGCGGGACGAUAUUUCAAGCGGCGAAGAACAUGACAAAGCAGUUGUUUACGACUAUAAGUGAGACAGACUACAUGAACAUAAUUGUUUUUGAUAGUUCAAGAGCCGAACCGUUGUCUCCAGCAGCGGUAUUGGUCCACCGCAAUGGCAGUGGCAGUGAUGAGGAUCCCGGAUUAGAGGGUUUGAAGGCCAAGUUGGAUCAACAAACCAUCGAGGGCUCAUCCAAGCAGUCAAAUAUUUCUAAUGCUAUUCUGACGGCCUUACCAAUGUUCGAGGCUGCAAAUUCGCAGGCUGCCAGGGUGAUCAUCGUGCUCACGGACGGUGUGUUCGCAACCUUAGGAAACGUCACUCUCCCAACUGCAGAGCUGAGUAGCAAGAAGGUUAAAAUCUUCCUCUACAAAUUGAAGCCUUCCAACGACAACGAUGUCUUUCUGGAAAAAACUACUCUCCCACAGCAGCUCUGUGACGUCGGAGGUCAUUUCGAACCCAUCCUAAAGAACGUAAAUAAUGGGCUCCUGGCGUUCGCCAAAUACUUCUCGUAUUUAGCGAAUCUGAGGAGAGUUAUAACCGGAGGGAAACCUCAGUACAGUUACGUGUAUCGAGACUUCGAGCAGAUCGGUGGUAACAUCAUCACCAUCUCUAAAUCAGCUUUCUACCAGGGAGAGCUCAUCGGUGUUGCCGGGAUUACAAUAUACAUCGACCUGCUUGGCCCCCUCACGGAUGCAGUGAACGUCGCAUUGGGAAACAGGGUAACUGGUUACUCUGUGAAUCUAGAUGUGAAUGGAUACGUCAACCUGACUUGCAGCGUCACGAAUGAAACAUUACAACCAUGUGGAUCGGAUCCCAAAAUCAUGCCUGCGAACGGAGGACUCUGUCCCAAAACUGAUGCUCCAGUGCACACAAUCACAGACGUCGUGUGUUGUGAUACCUGCAAGGCGCCGCCUCCGCCACCAGUAAAGCGCAUUGUUGCCACUACAGUUGGCUCAGUAGCUAGUUUGAUUAUGUUAAUCAUCGGUGUUUUCUUUAUCAAGAGAUGGUGUGACGUAAGGGAGCAAAAAAAAAAAAAGAAUUUAGAAUUUCUUCACUUCCAAAGGCCUCCCGACGAGUGAAAGAGUGGGAAAAGAGCUAGAAAUGAUGGCGAUCUCUAGAGGGGUGUUAAGAGUGCUUGGAUAUGGCCUUCUGAAGUGGCUCUUCACGCCUUAGCAAAGCUUCUUUGCUCUUGCAACAUAGCAACUUCUUAACAAAAAUUCGUCCACAUCGUGAUUAUUUCAAGUCA